AUGGUGGAGGACGGCGCGGAGGAGCUGGAGGAUCUGGUGCACUUCUCGGUGUCCGAGUUGCCUAGUCGCGGCUAUGGGGUCAUGGAGGAGAUCCGUCGGCAGGGCAAGCUGUGCGACGUGACGCUCAAGAUUGGGGACCACAAAUUCAGUGCUCACCGGAUCGUCUUAGCAGCCUCGAUCCCGUACUUCCACGCUAUGUUUACAAAUGACAUGAUGGAGUGCAAGCAGGAUGAGAUUGUAAUGCAAGGAAUGGACCCAAGUGCCCUGGAAGCUCUGAUCAACUUUGCCUACAACGGCCACCUUGCCAUUGACCAGCAAAAUGUCCAGUCAUUGCUCAUGGGGGCGAGCUUCCUGCAGCUGCAGAGCAUCAAAGACGCCUGCUGCACAUUCCUGCGAGAACGUCUCCACCCCAAGAACUGUCUGGGUGUGCGCCAGUUUGCCGAGACAAUGAUGUGCGCCGUGCUGUACGAUGCAGCUAACAGCUUCAUCCACCAGCACUUUGUGGAGGUGUCCGUGUCAGAAGAGUUCCUGGCCCUGCCCUUGGAGGAUGUGCUUGAGCUGGUGUCUCGGGAUGAGCUGAAUGUCAAAUCAGAGGAGCAGGUCUUUGAAGCUGCACUGGCCUGGAUCAGAUAUGACCGGGAGCAGAGGGGGGCCUGCCUGCCUGAGCUGCUGUCCAAUAUCCGCCUGCCUCUCUGCCGACCCCAGUUCCUGUCGGACCGAGUGCAGCAGGAUGACCUGGUGCGUUGCUGCCACAAAUGCAGGGACCUGGUAGAUGAAGCAAAGGACUAUCACCUCAUGUCAGAGCGCCGGCCCCACCUGCCAGCUUUCAGAACUCGACCCCGCUGCUGUACGUCCAUGGCUGGGCUUAUCUACGCUGUGGGCGGCCUCAACUCAGCAGCAAAUUUUUAUGCAGGUGAUUCCCUGAAUGUGGUGGAAGUGUUCGACCCCAUCGCCAAUCGCUGGGAGAAGUGCCAUCCCAUGACCACAGCCCGCAGCCGCGUGGGCGUGGCCGUGGUGAACGGGCUUCUCUACGCCAUCGGGGGAUACGACGGCCAGCUACGGCUGAGCACCGUGGAGGUCUACAACCCAGAGACGGACAGCUGGACCAGAGUGGGGAGCAUGAACAGCAAGAGAAGUGCCAUGGGGACAGUCGUGCUGGACGGACAGAUCUACGUCUGUGGGGGCUACGAUGGCAACUCCUCCCUCAGCUCUGUGGAGAGCUACUCACCUGAGACAGACAAGUGGACAGUGGUGACCCCGAUGAGCUCAAAUCGCAGUGCUGCUGGGGUUACGGUCUUUGAGGGCAGGAUAUAUGUGUCGGGAGGCCACGACGGCUUGCAGAUCUUCAACAGUGUGGAGCACUACAACCACCACACGGCCACCUGGCACCCGGCAGCAGGCAUGCUCAACAAGCGCUGCCGGCACGGCGCUGCCUCCCUGGGAAGCAAGAUGUUCGUCUGCGGGGGCUACGACGGCUCUGGCUUCCUCAGCAUCGCCGAGAUGUACAGCUCGGUGGCAGACCAGUGGUGCCUGAUAGUCCCCAUGCACACACGUCGGAGUCGCGUCUCCCUUGUGGCCAGCUGCGGGCGCCUGUAUGCUGUGGGGGGUUAUGAUGGACAGUCGAACCUCAGCUCGGUGGAGAUGUAUGACCCAGAGACAGACCGCUGGACAUUUAUGGCCCCCAUGGCGUGUCAUGAGGGAGGGGUUGGCGUGGGCUGCAUCCCCCUCCUCACCAUUUAAGGCAGACGGUAGGAUGUGGAGGGGUAGGGAUCUGAUACAAACAUAGGCGCUUCCUUCCAGGAGCAGUCCCUCUCAGGAGAGGCAGUGGACCAGAAGAUGGGGUGAACUGAGAGCUUGCCAGAGGCACGGUUUUUCCAGGUGCUUACGCCCUCCCUCGCUGUGCUGCCCUUGUGACCUUCAGCCUAGGUCAUAAAGAUGCACAGCAUGGGAUGAAGCCCCUCCAGGGCCUGGCAGCUUGUGACACAGAGCUGCUCUGCUGGUCCACACCUACACAAUCUCCGUGCAAGCCCAGCUCCCACCCGCCACAGCAGUGUGGGCCAGCCACUUACUGACCUUCCUCCUUGCCUGCUUGUUGGCUAGCCCUGUCGUGGCCGGUUUGCCAUGGGAUGACUGCAGUGGCCAACCCUGUUGGAAACAGUAGGGUGUGGCUGGGAGAGGAAGUCCACAUGGUGACGCAGCCACUGCCGUGUGCUGGGUACACACCGCAUACUCCUUCUGCUGUAGGGCAUAAAGGGUUUGUCCUCACCCCGAGGUGAGCAGGAGAACAAAAGUUUCCCUGUGGCUAAUUGUGGGAUUUGAGGGAGGUUUUUUUUUUUUUUUCCCAUCUUGUUCAGGAGAAACAGAAAAAGGAAAAAAAGAUACUUGAAAGAAAAAGAAGGAAAAUGAAACAGACACUUGAAAGAAACUGGAAAGAAAAAUACUUUUUUUUAAGUGAACUUUUUUCCAGGAAGAAAAAAGUAUCAAAGACACUAAAGGCAAAUACAUGUUUAAAUGGAAAACUGCCAGAUGUGAAAAGGGCAGCAUCCACUCCCACCUUCGGAUCCCAGGGUCCUGAGGCCUGACGCAGCACGUGGGGUUCCCUCUGAGCCUCAGUGUGUCUGGAAUCAGUGCAUUCUCGACUGGUCCUGUAGCAGGGUGCUCAUGGGGUUUGUCUUCAUACCCAUUGUCAGAGGACUUUUUUAACCACAGAUGCAGCCAGUCUGCUGAAUUACUUCCGCUCUUCUUGGCGAGAGCUCCCAGCUCGGCGCUGGAGUUCCAGAGGCUGCCAUGAUUACCUCCCACUGCCACUGCAGCGCUCAUUCCGAUUCCCCACUUUCAUUUCUCCCUUUUUUGACCAGCAGGAAACAGCAGGUCUGGCCAGAUUCUUACUUUCCCAUCAAUUGUUCUUGCAUCAUUUUCCCCAUUUUGAUGCUUCUGGGGCACAUUGACCACUUGUACCUCUAGAACCUAACCAGGGGCGUGCUCCUUCUACCAGCCACGAGCUGGCUUCGUCCAGUAACCUCGUCUGCCCUGCCAGUCCACUGCUCCUCCAUCCACAUGCCAAUUCCAGGGGUCUGGCCUCCCUCCGGCCCCUGGCAGACCAACCAGCAAGGUGGACCUUUAGAGUCUUAUCAAAGCUGGCUUUACAACAUAAAGGACUGAAGGCCGAAAGAAUCUCUUGCUGCUGCAAAGAACAGUGUUUUAUAUUUCUUCCUCUAACCUUAGCAGAUGACAUGUUGAAGGGACUCCAUGCUCUUUGCUCCUGUUCCUCCUCCCUUGGUGGGACCUUGAUGUAGCACAGUGGGGCCCCAACAAGAGGACAGUUUCCAUUACAAGUGCAUUGGGCACUGGGGCUGUCUUCAGCCCUCCAGCUUCUGUAAUCGAGCCAGGACAAGCUGGAGAAAGACCAUUGUAAAGUCUGUGGUGUACUUCGGGCCUUUUUCCUUCAAUUGCUGCUGCCAAAAUCUGGUUUUAUAAAAUUUUCCCAGCAGAGACUAAAGGAGGAAAUGAUUCCUUUAACCCAAGGAUGGGUUUUAGGUUCCCCACUCUACGUCUGGUUGGCCUCCACUCCUCUGCUGGGGUGGCCCGGAAGCCUGUUCAGAAAGACACUCUCCGGAUCCUGGGGAGGCACUCGUGCCCCAGGUCCUUCAGGUUUCCCAGUGUGUGCAAUCGCCAUGCAUUCAAAGGAAAGGACGUUUGUUGACUGAAACUUAGGAGCUGGACCUCUGCUACAAGCACUUGAAAAUGAUAUUUUUUAUUUUAAAAGACUCAACAAUCUGAUAUAGUCUAACCUGGGCUCAGGUGGAGCUCUGGCAUUUCUCACUGUCUCCUCCAGCCGUCCUACACACGUGUUUCCCUUGUGCUGGAUUUGCCUACAGAGGUAGACUCGGCUCUGUGCUUCCUGUUAGAGAGGAGUGUAUUAGUGUUCGUCUUAUCAUAAGCUCCUUCCUUUUGUGAAUUUGAAGCAGCACUGACAAGCCUCAAUUGCAGAGGUGUUAAGAAUCAAUCAGUGGGCUACUGAGUGGACCUCACUAGGUCCUUUUGAUGCCUGCCCCAAAUUUUGCAAUUGGGGAUAGAUCGAUCAUGUUCCCAGGGGCUGGAGCUCUAUUCUUGGAGUAGUCUUCCUGAGGCCGCUCCCACCCUCCCACCUCCUAGUGUAGGAGUUACACUGCUGUACCUGAGGUCAGGGUUUCCAAGUAGAUCAAGCCUCCGGGCUCCGAGCACAAAUGAGCAAACAUUUCUCUUAUUGAUUCCUCAGUCUAAUGGUGAAUGACUCUUUGCUAAUGGCUGGUCUGGCUCUUUGGUGUUGAAACCUUUCUAGUAACAUCAUUUAAAGAAGAGGCAUCACCCUAGGAUGUUGUAAAAAGAGGAGGACAGACAUUGCGCUCAGCAGGCCCUAGGGUCUAGCCCAGCUCUGAGCAGAGGACUGAUGUCCACUGUACUUGGGCAUUUCCCCUUCUUGGAUGACGCAUGGAGCCUUCUGGGUUUUGCCUAAGAUCAAAUCCAGGAUGGUUGCUGAAGACCAGCUUUAUGACUUGACCACAGAGGUGUGACUAGGUAGGAAAUCUGUCUUCCUCCCCAAUUUAUUGUUUCCCAGAAAAAUCUUAUCUCCUUUAUUUAUAAAAUGCAUGUCUUUUGUGUUAAGAAA